CCGAAAUUUGUCCCCACAAACCAAACGAGAGGCAAAGAGUAGCCAAGUCAGCCAUUAACAGAUGAAGAAGCUAACGGCUUCAACAAGCCACACGAUUUCCUUCGUCACCCAUUUCUCUCUGUUUAUAUAUCCAAUGACCAGUUAGUUCCCUUUAACUCAUUACUUUCUCAACUUGUUGCUAUGGUUACCUGCCUUCAAUUUCAGUAGAAACUUGGAUCAAAGAGUGAAUUACUUGGUACCAAUCAGAUAACAGAGUUUGGUGAAAAUUUCCCGGUUGGUUUGCUGAGAACAUUAGAACAAUGUUGCCCGUUUGUUCAGCCACCCCUGGUUGUUCUUCACAUUCUCAGAUUUCAUUCCAUGGAGGUCUGCGACCCUUCACUCUGUUUCAAAAGGACUUUCAGGUCAGAUGUAAUGCUCAAGACAAGUCUGUUUGGGGCAUUUCAAAUGGAAAUCAUCUCCAUAGAAUGUCAUUUAAACCACAAGCAACUGAAUCUUUCUACUCCAAUUUUGUUGAAAGCACUGAACAACUGGUACCUGUGGACCUCAUUAACAGUUAUUCUUGUCCAGAUGAGUUAGAUGAUGUUAAAUGCAACGUUUCUAAUGUGUGGAGUUCUUCAGUUGAAGCAAUAAAUGAGUCAACCCCGUUAGGAGUUGGGGAACUGAAAUAUGUGGAAACUUCUAGCAUAUCUGCUGCAGAAGAGAAAGUUGUGGAUUUGACAAACCAGCCAGUUGAAAAUGCCAAUAAUUCCAUGGGGAUGGUGGGACCUGAAACCACCUCAACUGUUGACGCAAUGCCCGAGAAUCCCACUGAAGCAACUAGCUCCCUGAACUUUGAUAAUGAUUCACUAACCAGUGUGACAACUGGUCUUGAUGAUUUUCUGGCUGGGGUUAACAAGUCCAUCAACUUGUCAUUAAACAAGGGAGAGAAUGCUGUGAAAAGCUUAUUAGAUAAAAUUACUUCUUCUAUAACUUCUGUUAUGACAAGUGCUUCUGAAGCCAUAGACAAUGCUCAAGCAUUAGCUAACAAUAAGGUUUCAAACAUUUCAAGUGAUUUGAAGGAAGCCUCCAGUAAAGCUAAUGCUUUUGCUGUUGACCUGUUGAGGCGUACAAUUGUUGUAGUGGAGGAUUCUUUAUCUAAUGGGGCUUCCUCUUUUGUAUAUUAUUAUGGUUCUGCUAAGGAACGUCUUCCUCCAGAGAUCAAAGAUGCAAUGACUUUCUAUGAAGAGAGAACGGGAAAAGCCUUAAAGCCUGUUGGGUCUGCCCUGCAACAGGUUUACGCUGGUAUUGAGGGGUUGGAGAGGAGUCUAGGCUUUGACCCGAAUGAUCCCAUUGUCCCAUUUUCCCUUCUCUUUGGCACCUCAGCCACUUUAUGGGCGUUUUACUGGAUAUGGGCAUAUGGUGGUUACUCUGGAGACUUAUCUCCUAAACUAACUUUGGAGCUCUUGUCCAGAAAGGAGAAUGCUUUACUUAUUGAUGUUCGGCCUGAGGUCUUAAGAGAGAGAGAUGGCAUUCCCAAUCUUCGGCGAGUAGCUCGGUUUCGUUAUGCUAGUGUAUCUUUACCUGAGGUUAAUAGCUCAAUGCUUGGACUAUUGAAGAGUGGAAGGGACCUUGAUGACUCCUUGAUUGCAACUGUUAUUCGAAACUUAAAAACCAUUGAGGACAGGUCUAAGGUCAUAAUUAUGGAUGCUGAUGGUAGUCGCUCCAAAGGAAUUGCAAGAUCAUUGAGAAAACUUGGGGUUAAGAGACCAUACUUGGUCCAGGGUGGCUUUCAAUCUUGGGUGAAACAGGGUCUCCGAAUUAAGGAACUAAAACCAGAAACAACACUUGCGAUACUUAAUGAGGAAGCUGAGGCAAUCUUAGAAGAUAUCAGUCCUUCUCCAGUGCAAGUUCUUGGGUAUGGUGUGGGUUCUGUAGCAGCUAUUUAUGCACUGCUAGAGUGGGAGAAAUCAUUACAGCUUAUUGGCAUUCUUGGCCUUGUCCAGACCAUUUACCGGCGGGUCUCUUCCUAUGAGAACUCCGAAGAUUUGAAGAAAGACAUAAGGUUGUUGCUGGCUCCUGUAAGACUUGGAGCACAGGCAUUUUCAUGGGUUGCUGGGAAGUUGGAAACCAAUGGCAUCGGACUUCCAACUUCACCCUCAACCUUAGAUGUUCAAAACCGAGUGUUGCGGGCAGCUGCUAAGCUUGAAUCUCAACCAUCCGAUGCAGAAGGAAUUCAAGAUCCAUCUCCUGAAGUGAUGGCUCAAAUGAAUGAGAAAGUUGAUCUCUCUGAGGCAUAGGUGUUAGUGGAUUUUUCUUGCAAUGCAGUAUAGCUUCUAAUUUUUAUCAUGUUGAGGAAUGCUAGUUGACCUUGCUCAU